CUACGUGAGACUAAGAUGAGAAAAAGAGAAACGUUAGCUCAAGAGCACUUGCCGCUGUCGGUCUGUGCUGCUUUUAAAGAGGUCUCGGUCAAAGAGGUCCAAAAGAAGCUCCAAAGAAGAUUUUGCCGAGAGCACGGAUUGUACAUUGACUGUUUCCUUUGCGUAACAGUUCAUCCGCUACAAAAUGAUUCGACGCAUUAAACUGCUCUAGGAAUAAACGGAUGUACGGCGAUCAGUGUAAAACUCUGAAUUAACCCCCUGAAGACAAACAAACGCUAAACCUGAGCAGCAUUACCUGAACCUGACUCUGCUUUCGCACUCUCUCAGGAUCUACUUCAGAUUCACGAGUAUUUCAGCGAGUUUCUGCCUGGAGUCUCUAGCGUAAACACGAGGCCGAUAACCCUGUGAGUGAGGAAUCAUGGCCAAGGUGCAGGUGCUAAACGUGGCUGUUUUGGAUAAUCCGAGUCCAUUUGGAAACCCAUUUCAGUUCGAGAUCACAUUUGAGUGUAUGGAGGACCUACCUGAAGAUCUGGAAUGGAAGAUCAUCUAUGUGGGCUCUGCAGAGAGUGAGGAGUACGACCAGGUUCUGGACUCGGUUCUGGUCGGCCCGGUUCCUGCAGGCAGACAUAUGUUUGUUUUUCAGGCUGAUGCUCCAAAUACAGGACUGAUCCCUGAGAGCGAUGCAGUUGGCGUGACUGUCGUGCUGAUCACAUGCACCUAUCGGGGCCAAGAAUUUAUUCGCAUCGGCUACUAUGUAAACAAUGAGUAUACAGACCCCGAGCUACGAGAAAACCCUCCAGUCAAACCGGACUAUACACAGCUUCAGAGGAACAUCUUGGCAUCUAACCCUCGCGUGACCCGAUUCCACAUUAAUUGGGAAGCGACGAUGGACAAGAUGGAAGAUUCCGAGAAUGUAGAUCCCACCCCCAACAGCAUGCUCCCACCCACUUCCAUGCCUGGGAAAGCCCCGCCCCUUGGACUCAUGCCUGACAAUUCCAUGGACUGCUUAUAGAACACAUUUUGAUUAUACAUAUAAACUACAUGUAAAUGUGCUAAAAAUUUACCAAUUCAGCUUUUGGUGCAGGUGUAACCGGACACUCGGACUUACCUCAAUCUUUCUGCACUUACUGUCCUGAUAACACAUCUGAAAGUGGUUGUGGAACCUCACAGGCAUCCUCUUGCACUCCCUGUCCUGGGCACCAGGGGGCUGCACAUUCAGAACCAGCACACGUGGACCGUUUAUCCAGCGCUAAUGUCUUGUAGGAGAGCUGGAUCUCAUGAAAAUUGUCAGGAACAUGUCUAGGUUCAUUUUUUAUCCCAAAACCAAGAGAAAUGUGGAAUUACCCUAAAAAUGGGAAUUAAAGAAACACUUAAGUUAGAAUUUAACAAAAAAUGUACUUAACUGUCAUAGAUAAUUAAGUGUUGAAAACUCUUAGUACUUCUAAAAUAGGUGACAUUUUCUUGUGGUGAAAUGAUAUUUCUUACUUUUAUUAUUAUUUUAGAAUUAGAUUUGAACCGUGUGCUGUCAUGAAAUUCACCCAUAAUACUUAAGAGUCAGACACUUUGGAUGUUCGGAAUGAUAUCUGGGACUCGUCACAAUUCCAGCUCUACUUCAGUCCAAGUAGGACACAGCAGGGAUCAUUGUGAUAUGUGACAUUACUAAGAAAACGGUUUUAAUUACCUGUAUGUUUAUGUUGGUUCACAACGUGUUUGAUGUGAUUUUGUUAAGAAGUCUUGGAUUGAAUAAAUGUUAACUUUGUUCUUUGUAAAA